GUAGUGAUAACGCACGUCAAUGUGUUUCGUUCUGUGACUGACUAUCGGAUUCUGUGCGCUCAGGAUAGCUCCCCUAUUAUCAGCCAUAAGAUAUGCACUCCCAAACCGAACACCAAAAAGAGGUAUGCCACGCAAAAAUGAUGCCAGAUAUACGAGGGCAGUGGCACAUUCACUCAUCUGUACGUAUUCAGCCUCCGUUGACGAAAGCGUCACCAGUGGCUGAGUCUUCGCACUCCAAUACACAGGUCCACCACACACAAACACCACAUGACCACCACUAGACUUGCGACCCACACAAUCAGCCCAAGACGAGUCAGAGAAGGCAGUCAGAUCAAUCCGACCUUCCUUGCCUGGCUCAGCCUUGAACUCGAUCCCUUUGUCUUUUGUCCCACUCAGAUAGCGAAGAACCCUCUUUGUUGCCUGCCAAUGCCCAAAACCGGGCUCAUGAGCAUAUCGUGCAAGCUCCUUGACCACAUAGGCGAUAUCCGGGCGGCACGUGACCGAGCAGAACAUCAAUGCGCCAACGAGUUGCCGAUAGGGAACCUUCUUCAUCUUCGUCUUCUCUUCGUUCGUCUUCGGUGACAUCUCAGAGGUCAGUUGGAUACCGGACGCAGAAAGGAAAUCCACUGAGUUCGCAUUCUCCAUGCUGAAUCUCUUGAGCAUCUUGUCGACGUACUGUGGCUGUGUGAUCCGCAGGGUCCUUUCUUGACGAUCGCAGAUGAUCUUGAGGCCGAGAAAGAUGUCAACCUCGCCCAGGUCCUUCGUCGCAAACACGCUCGACAGCUGCUGCUUGAACCAGGUGACCCCCUCUUGGUCGCUGACGAUGAGAAUGUCGUCGACGAACACCACAAGAAGGAUGUUGUUGUCCUUAUGCAGGUAGACACAGGGCUCCUGAGGGUGGCAAACGAACCCUCUGUCGUAUAGUUGGUUGUGAUGGGUGAUGUUCUAUGCGCGCGGGGCUUCGUUGAGGCCAUACAAUGCCUUCCGUAGACGAACAACAUGACCGGGCUUCUCAUAUCCAGGUGGGCACCGCAUAAAGACAGGCUUGUCCAGCGGGGCGUUGAGAAAUGCUGUGUUGAUGUCCAUUUGAUGUAUCUCCAGGUUA